UCCAUACGUGUUCAGCCUAUUCACAGAAAGUAAAGCUAUUCUAGAUAACACGCAACACCAAUAAGACAUGCAAACAGAACGAAGGUCUCAGAAGCAUUAGGAAGCAAUAUGUCUGGAGCUAAGCGAGACUUUCUAUCUAUCAGUCUUGGUUUUGAUGAUGACCAGAAAGAACCACGGAAGAGACAGUCUAUUUGGAGAGUAUGGAAGAGACUUUCAAGCCUCCAGAGGAGUGUGAUUUGUCUGAUUAUUGUGCUAGGAGGACUUAGUGCAUUAUACAUUUUGCCGGCUAUUCACCAUGGCAACCGUUUGUCAGGUGAAGAUGCCAAAGCAAAUAAGGAGAGGAGACAGGCAGUGGACAAAGUGGCUGUUAAUGAUAAAAAUGGCCAUGAAUUCUUCCAGGACAAGAUAAUGGGUAGAGAAAAUUCCAACAACAACCAUCAGAUACAACCACCAAAGGAAGUACCCAAGCGAAAUAAACAAGAAGCCCUUCAGAGGGUUGCUAAGCAACAGAUUGAUGAGUAUAAUAAACGUCUUCAGAGACAAAGGAGACCUGUUAAGAAGCCACCACCUCAGCUAAAACAAGUUGUAGAUCGACCUCCUAAUGGGGGAGGGGAGGAAGUAGGGUUACUUCCUCCCGAUGAGAAACAGGAAAUCCUUGAAAGGGAUGAAAAUGGUGACAUUGGAAAAGAAGAUGAUAAUGACAAAGACGACAAUGUAGAUGGUCAGCUGAAUCAGCCAGAAAAAGCAGCAGACCCAGACUUCAAUGUCGAUCAGCAUGCUGUACCACCUUAUGACUACUUUCAUCAGGAAGGUAAAAGGACAGACAGGCAAGAGGCAGUAGUGGAUGCUUUCAGAUUUGCCUGGAAUGCCUACAAAAAAUAUGCCUGGGGACAUGAUGAGUUCCAUCCUAUCACCCGAACACACUCUGAAUGGUUUGGAGUAGGUCUGACAAUUGUAGACUCUCUGGACACACUGGUCAUAUUGGGACUCAAACCAGAAUAUGAUGAUGCCAGAGAAUGGGUUGCAAAUGAAUUAACUUUUGAAAAGGAUAAGGAUGUGAAUUUAUUUGAAAUCACAAUCCGAGUUCUUGGAGGACUGUUAGCCACAUACCAUCUCACUGGGGAUGACUUGUUCAAGGAGAAGGCUGUUGACCUUGGUAACCGACUGCUACCGUGUUUUAAUUCCCCAUCUAAAGUGCCAUUUUCAGAUGUGAAUAUGAUGACGAGCCGUGCUCAUGCCCCACGAUGGGGCCCAGACAGCAGUACCUCUGAGGUCACUACUAUACAGCUAGAGUUCAGAGACCUUUCUCGUGUCACAAAGGAUGACAAAUAUGAGAAUGCUGUGAUGACUGUUAGUGAGCACAUCCACAGCUUACCUAAAAAGGAUGGUCUAGUGCCCAUCUUUGUCAAUGCCAACACCGGUUCUUUUAGAGGGACUAGCACCAUUACCUUCGGGGCCAGAGGAGACAGCUACUAUGAAUACCUUCUGAAACAAUGGAUCCAGACAGGCAAAACAAUUAACAUGUUCAAAGAUGACUUUAUGGAGGCUAUUGAUGGAGUGAAGAAACACCUGUUAAGGGAGUCAUCUCCUUCCAAACUUCUGUACCUAGGAGAGCUGUUGGGAAGUCGUACAUUUAGCCCCAAAAUGGAUCACCUUGUGUGCUAUCUGCCUGGCACAAUGGCUCUGGGGUACAAGAAUGGUUUGCCAGCAGACCACUUUGAUAUUGCCAAGCGUCUCACUGAAACCUGUUUCCAGAUGUAUGCCAGGAUGCCCACCAAACUCAGUCCAGAAAUUGUCUAUUUCAGUCAGGCUGCACAGUCCAAAGAGGACCUCAUUGUUAAAGCACCAGACGCACACAACCUGCUGCGACCGGAGACUGUAGAGAGCCUGUUCUAUAUGUACCGCUUCACAGGUGAUAAAAAAUACCAGGAUAUGGGCUGGACCAUAUUUCAAGCCUUCCUAAAACAUACUAAAGUAGAAAAUGGCGGAUUUUCGUCCAUCCAUAAUGUAAAAGCAGCAAAAGCAACCUUUCGAGACAAGUUAGAAAGUUUUUUCCUUGCAGAGACAUUAAAAUAUUUAUAUCUUUUAUUUGGGGAUGAUAGUUCAUUAAUACCAUUAGAUAAAUUCGUUUUCAACAGUGAGGCCCACCCCCUGCCUAUUUAUUCCUCAUGAGGAGUCUUGUGAGAAAGAACGAGUGCAAUAGUGUGUUUGUUUUGUAAAAAGAAGUGGAUUUAAGAGGAAUUGUUGUCUGUAGGUUGUCAUAUUUGUUCAAGGUUUGUGUUUUGUGUAGUAGAGGAUGGCUGCAGAAUUAAGACAGUGUGUAUCUCGUUGUACCAUACUUCUAAAAGUGCUGGUUAUUUUGAAGUAGUAGUCUCACCAUUACAAUAUUCCUGUGUAAAUGUGGUGAAAUUUAUUUUGUGAGUUAAGUGUUCAUGUAUGAAUGACUAAUAAGUGCAAGGCAAUUAAACAUAAUUUGCUGUGAAAUUGUGAUAGAUUUAUUUUGAAUAUGUUUUUUGCUAUUAGAUUUUAUAUAUUUUAUUCUGCGUCUAAUUCAUUGUUUUGUAUUUUAUUCUUCUUGUAAUUUAUUGUUAAGAAAGUCGUGUUGAUAUGAAAAUUUAUCAUGAUUGAUCAGAUUGAUUUAUAUAAUACAAGUGUACAUAGAGAAAUGUUUGCCAAAACUAUAGUGGGGCUUAAAAUUUCAGUUCUGUAUUGCCAAGGGGAGCUGCUACUAUACCAAAGUUAUUAAAAAGGUAGUCAUUUACAUAAAGCACUCUAACUCCCAGGUUAAUUAAAGCACAAGCUCACUUGCAUAGUUACAGGUUCUCAUAUCUAUAUUCAGGGGCAUCAACGUACAGUUAUCUAGUACAAUCCACCAUACAUACAUGCAGCAACUCCCCUUGCCCUAUUCUGAUUCUCAACCUUCCCACCCCACACCCAUGCUUUCAGACCAGACAUCUAUACAUUGCUUGGCAGGAUCUGGUGGACAUUAAACGAUCUUGGUAUAGCCCAGGCCCUGUCACACAAACAUCCCUUGUUUUGCUCACACCCUCCAUGCCUACACAGACCUCUUAUGAAGCAUGGACUUUCGACAGACAGCAUUAUCAUCCUUAUUUAUGCACAUUCUCACACAUUCAGAACUGUUACCUAAUCCCAGCUGUAUGGGGAGCCUUCCCUACAAGACAAGUCUAGUAGCCCGGCUACAGAUCAGCAUUGUUGUAAGCAUUGAUGUACAAAGAUGUACAAAUUAAACACAUCAUAUAGAAAUCAAGGUAAAUAGAUAUAUGUACAUAUAAUCAGCUAGCAUCAUGUAAAUAGUUGGUACGAUAGUGUAAAAUUAUAUAUAAAUUACAGUACAGACAAAUGUAAAGAAGAUUUCUUGGAAGUUAUAGGGUAAAAUGUGCAGCAUUGUUUUUAUGAAGACAACUGUUCCAUAACUAAAUUUUGAUAUUUGUCCAACAAUUACAAAAUAUGAAAUAUUGGAAUAUUGAAUACUUACUUUGAAAUUGGAUGUUCCACUUGGUUUCCUUUUUACAUAAAUUUAUUUUUUAGUUCACCAUCAUCCGAUCAUCAAAUUGCUUUUGGUCUGUGGUCUGUAACCAUCUUUUGUUAUCAAUAUUUCUUGAGAAUUACUUGAUGGAUCCUUCUAAAAAAGUUCCCUAGGUCCCUUUUUGUGCCUGCUAAAUUUUCAGUCUGAUCAGAAAAACAACAGGUGGCCUUCUUGAAUUAUUACAAUUAACUUUGUUAUCACUAUUUCUUGAGGGGAAUGGAUGGAUCUUUCUCAAAUUUCAUUUGUUUGUUUCUCAUGACCCCUAGUUGUGCCCCUUUGAUUUUGGGACUAAUAAAAAAAACAAUAUGGCCUACAGACGGCUAUCUUGUACUUGACUUUCAAAGGUUUGUUAUCGUGAUUUCUCGAGAAGUACAAGAUGGGUCUUUCUCAAAUUUCAUAUGUAGGCCUCCCUUGGUCUGUAGUUGUGCCUGUUUGAUUUUAAUGUUGAAACUGAUCAGAAAAACAAUAUGGCUGAAAGGUGACUAUCUUGAAUUUUAAUGAAGUUGCAUGAGAAUUACUGGAUUGAUUUUACUCAAAUUUCAUGAGGGGGUUCCCCUUAAUAUAUUUAAGAAAUUGUGGUCAUUCCAUUUAGUUAUAUCUGUUCAAUAUCUGCCAUAAUGACCUUCAACUGCCGUUUGGGAGUGUGUAUCAAUUUUUACCUUUUCAGUUUGUAUGCACAAUCUCAGUAGCAAUCACUCUUUAAAGUCUCAUAACAUAUUAUUAGGUUGAGGGGUACUGUUAAUACAUGUAUUACAAUUUCAGUGCAAACAAAGUAUUUCAAUACAAUGAAUUAUGAGAUGAAAAAAAUACGAAAAAGCCACAGAAAUAAGUAAACAGAAGUAGUUAAAUUAAGAUGAUAUGUAUAAAAAAAUAUGUGUAGAUUCAUAUGCCUGUGUUUGUGAUGUGCAAAAUAAUCCACGGGUUUUUAUUGUCAGUAUGCGAGGAACAUGGGUAUAGCAAGAAUUAAACUUAGGUUAACUCUUCAUACAAAAACUAAUGACAUCAGAGGAAAACUCCAUUGUUUUGAAACAUUUUUAUCGAACUAAGCCACAGUGACAGAGCAAUUGUGUGAUUGAACUCUCUGCUUCUUAUCAUGUACAUGUACUACAUUUUGAUGUGCAUUGUACAUAAAUUGUUGGAGUUUGAUUUCCAGUUCACACUGAAUUUCAAUCAUAGGUCAUAAAGAACUUUGUUGAUUUUUCCUUACAAUCCCACAUUUUCUGUCAGAAAAUUGGUUUAUUUUAUCCUUCCAAUCCUACACUCUCUGACAGAAAACUUAACUUUUAAAUCAAGUACUAAAAUGCAUGGUAAUAGCCAAAAGCAAAAAAUUGCAACGAUACACAUUUAAAGCGAUUCCUCAGUUUGCAUGUACAUACCUGCUAAUUAACUAUUCAUGCUACAUUUCCUGUCAAUUGCAUUCUUAAUAAUAUUCAUUUAUGAAAUAUUGAUGUUGCUGAAUGACCAACAGUCACAAUUCAUGUAUGAUAGAUGUAGUCUUUUCUACUAUAUCGCUUUAUGUCAAGAAAACCUGUGGCACUGAUUUUCUAUUUGUCCUGUUUAUUAAUCUUUAAAAAUACAGUGUGUCCAUGAAAGUAAGGUUUUCAAACAUAUUCAAAACAGUGAAAAGGCAUCAAAUUCAUUCCAUUUGUUUUACCUAAGGACAAAUGCUACUUCUCUAUAGAUUCAUUAAUCAGCUUUGCUUGUGUAAAUUGAAAAUCAGUAUUUUAAUCAGAUUGUCAAUAUAUGAGACAUAAAUGUUCGAAUAUGUUGUGUUUCUGAACAAAAAUCUCAAGUUAGCAUAUACAGCAAUCCAUUGAACAAUUUGCUGGAAAGUGAAAUUUGGAAUACAUGCAAGAAUGUAGCUUUUCAUUGUAUAAAGUUUUACUGCUUCUAAAGCAGUUAAUUGGCAGUUUAAAUGUGAUAGUUGUCAGUGUAAUGUCUUUUACCUUGACAGGUAAUCAAUGUGGGUAUAACUGUUUUAAGGAGUGUAUGGUUCAAGUAAAUUUAUAUGAUUUCUAUUUAUAACCGUUUCUUCUUGUCUUUGUUGUCUCACUUGGUCUUAAGAAUGAGGUCAAGCUUUAAUGAUACUGUGGCAUCUGUCUGUUAGUCAACAUUUCUACAAACUCUCCAAAAAAACUGCUGAUAAAAUUUCAAAUAAUUUGUUAUUGACAGCAUUAUUCUUAUGUAGUGAAAAUAGUAAAGGGCCAGGUCCAAAAACAGUUGUUAGCAUAUAAUGAGAUAA